AGCCCCCCUUCAAUUUUAAAACCAUCACUAUGCACCCUGUGCCUGUGCUAGGCACUGGAAGAAGAUGAAGUGCCUUCUUGGAGUUUACAUGCUGAUAAUUGUGCCAGACAGUAAUAAAAUAGGUCAGUUGCUCUCCCCGGAAGGAAGAGUAUUCUCGGAUUUCACCUCAGAGGAGGAAGAAUUCAGGCUGCCAGAACUGGACUAGAGCUUCUGUCAUGUGACUUCCUUGGGAAGCUCUGCCGUGACCCCACCCCACCCCACCCCACAACAGCAGGCCACUGGAGUCCUGGGACCACCCCGGUCUGUGGCCCAAAUCCUUCCUCACUAAGGAGAGGGGAGGGGUGUUCCUGCUGGGCGGGGUGGGAAGGGGUGCUUGGGCAGGAUUGUGACAUAUGAUUGCCCUGGUAACAUGGAGCAGAUCUGGACCUGAGCCUAAUAAAGGUGGCAUAAAUAAAGGUGUCAUAAAGACAGGGCGGGGCGCAUGCUUAUAAGGGGCAUGAGCGUCUCAGGGGUGCCAGAAUGGCUCUCGUUGAGUGCAUAGCACCAGCGUGUGUCAUGUCUUGGCUGCGUUUCUGGGGCCCAUGGCCCCUCCUUACGUGGCAACUAUUGUGUCUACUAGUCAAGGAGGCUCAGCCUCUGGUGUGGGUCAAGGACCCGCUCCAGCUGACCUCUAACCCCUUGGGGCCACCUGAGCCCCGGUCUUCCCGCUCCUCCCAUCUCCCAUGGGAAUCUCCCCAUGCACCUGCUACCCCAGCAGCCCCGGGGGACUUUGAUUAUCUGGGGCCCUCUGCUUCUUCGCAGAUGUCAUCCCUGCCCCAGGAAUUGUCUGAAAAUUUGCCUCCAUUCCUGGACACGGAUUCAGCUGGAGAGCUGCCCCUGGGGCCAGAGCAGUUCUUGGUUGCACAUCAGGAUGUAAAUGACAAGCUGACUCCGCAAGAAAGGCUCCCAGAGGUGGUUCCACUGCUGGACCGGGAUCAGAACCAGGCCCUAGUUCAGCUUCCUCACCUCAAAAGUAAGGUUCAAACUGCAGAUCUAGAUCGGGCUGCAGGUCAUCAGGCAGAUGAAAUACUUGUUCCACUAGACAGUAAGGUUCCAAAACCAACCAAAUUUGUUGUUUCGCCCAAGAACCUGAAGAAAGAUCUAGCUGAGCGUUGGAGCCUUGCUGAGAUUGUUGGGAUUCCACACCAAUUAUCCAAACCUCAGCGUCAGAAGCAGACUUUGCAGGAUGAAUAUUCGAGUAUGGACACACUGUAUCCUGGCAGCCUGCCUCUGGAACUCCAGGUGAAUGCAGAUGAGCCUCCAGGGCCUCCUGAGCAAGUUGGACUUUCUCAAUUCCAUCUAGAGCCCAAAAGUCAAAAUCCAGAGACCCUUGAAGACAUCCAGUCCUCUUCACUCCAGGAAGAAGCCCCAGCGCAGCUUCUACAGCUCCCUCAGGAGGUAGAACCUUCAACCCAGCAGGAGGCCCCAGCUCUGCCUCCAGAGUCCUCUAUGGAGAGUCUAGCUCAAACUCCACUGAAUCAUGAGGUGACAGUUCAACCUCCAGGUGAGGAUCAAGCUCAUUAUGACUUGCCCAACAUUACAGUCAGACCUGCAGAUGUGGAGGUUACCAUGACUUCAGAGCCCAAAAGUGAGACAGAAUCUUCCCAAGCCCAGCAGGAGGCCCCAAUUCAGCCUCCAGAGGAAGUGGAACCUUCUGCAACCCAACAGGAGGCCCCAACUGAGCCUCCAGGUCCUCCUAUGGAGCCUGAACUUUCCCCCAGUGAACAGGAGCAGCCAGCUCAGCCUUCUGAGUCUUCUGGGGAGGUUGAAUCUUCUCCAGCCCAGCAGGAGACCCCAGCUCAGGCUCCAGAAGAGAUGGAACCACCUUCAAUCCAAAACGAGGCCCCAACUGAGCCUCCAGGUCCUCCUAUAGAGCCUGAACUUUCCCCCAGUGAGCAGGAGCAGCGAGCUCAGCCUUCUGAGUCUUCUGGGGAGGUUGAAUCUUCUCCAACCCAGCAGGAGACCCCAGCUCAGCCCCCUGAACAUUAUGAAGUCCCAGUUUCACCUCCAGGUCACCAUCAAACUCAGCAUUCAGAUUUUCCCAAUGUUUCUGUUAAGCCUCCAGAUGUGCAGCUCACCAUAGCAACAGAGCCUAGUGCAGAGGUGGAAACUUCUCCAGUCCACCAGGAGGCUACAGCUCAGACUCCAGAUCCCCCUAAGGAGGCAGAACCUUCUCCAGUCCAGCAAGAGUUCCCAGCUGGGCCACCAGAGCCCCCUAAGGAGGUUGAACGAUCUGCAACCCAGCAGGAAGCCUCAGGUCAUCCUCGGAAGUCCACUGAAGAGGUCAGUCCUCCACCACAGUGGGAGAUACCAGCUCAGCCAUCAGAGCCAUCUGAGAAGGUCGAACCAUCUCCAGUCCUACAGCAGGCCCCAACUCGGCUUUUAGAGCCACCUAAACAGGUAGAAUCCUCUCCAGUCCAGCAGGCAGUCCCUGCUCAGUCUUCAGACCCUGCUCUGGUGAUAGAACCCUCUCUGACCCAGCAGAUGGCCCCAUCUUUGCCUCCAGAAUUCCCUCAGGAGGUAGAACCAUCUGUAACUCAGCAGGAGGUUCCAGCUCAGAUUCCAGAACCCCCUGUGGAGGCAGAACCUUCUGUGACCCAGCAGGAGGCCACAGUUCAGGCUCCAGAGGCCCCUAAGGAGGUAGAACCUUCAAGGCAGCAAAUGGUCCCAGUUCAGCUUCCAGAGCCACCUAAGGAAGUUGCAGCUCAACCUCCAGCUCAUUAUGAGGUGACAGUCCCAAAGAUCCAGCUCAGGCCAGGAUCCAGGAUCCAGGAUCCAGGCCAGGAUCCAGCUCAGCAUUCAACAUUGCCCAGUGUCACUGUUCAACCUUUGGACCUGGGACUUACCAUCAUUCCAGAAUCCACAACAGAGGUUGAAUUUUCUCCAACCAUGCAGGAGACCCCAACUCAGCCUCCUAAGAAAGUUGUACCCCAUCUUGUAUAUCAAGAGGUAACAAUUCCAACACCAGGUCAGGAUCAAGCUCAGCAUCCAAUGUCACCCGGCAUUACAGUUCAAUCUUUGGACCUGGGACUUACCAUCACUCCAGGACCCACUAUGGAGGUUGAACAUUCUAUACCCCUGAAGAGGACUAUAGUUCUUCCAAAGCACCUUAAGGUGACACUUCCACAUCCAGACCAGGUUCAGACUCAGCAUUCACACCUGACUGAAGCCACAGUUCAACCUUUGGAUCUGGGGCUUACCAUCACUCCAGAAUCCACAACAGAGGUUGAAUCUUCUACAGCCCUGAUGACUACAGCUCCUCCUCCAGAACACCCUGAGGUGACACUUCCACCUUCAGACAAGGGUCAGGCUCAGCAUUCACACUUGACUGAAGCCACAGUUCAACCUCUGGUCCUGGAGCUUAGCAAAACUACGGAGCCUACUACAGAGAUUAAACCAUCUCCAACCACGGAGGAAACCUCAGCUCAGCCUCCAGACCCGGGGCUUGCCAUAACUCCAGAACCCACUACAGAGAUUGGACAUUCCACAGUCCUGGAGAAGACUACAGCUCCUCAUCCAGACCAGGUUCAGACUCUACAUCGAAGCCUGACUGAAGUCACAGGUCCACCUACAAAGUUAGAAUAUUCGCAGGGUUCAUUGGUGCAGUCUGAAACUGCACCAGAGGAACAGAUGGCCUCCACAAGCACCAACAUAUGUGAGCUCUGUACCUGCGGAGAUGAGACUCUGUCAUGUGUUGAUCUCAGCCCAAAGCAGAGGCUCCACCAAGUGCCUGUGCCAGAGCCCAACACCUACAAUGGCAUCUUCACCACCUUAAAUUUCCAAGGAAACUAUAUUUCAUAUAUUGAUGGAAAUGUAUGGAAAGCAUACAGUUGGACCGAAAAAUUAAUUCUCAGUGAAAAUUAUUUGACUGAAUUACAUAAGGAUUCAUUUGAAGGCCUGCUAUCCCUCCAGUAUUUAGAUUUAUCCUGCAAUAAAAUACGGUAUAUUGAAAGACAUACAUUUGAAUCACUACCAUUUUUGCAGUAUAUAAAUCUGGGUUGCAAUUUAAUUACGGAACUGAGCUUUGGAACAUUUCAGGCCUGGCACGGAAUGCAGUUUUUACACAACUUAAUUCUCAGUCGCAAUCCUCUGACUGCUGUCGAAGAUCCAUAUCUCUUUGAACUGCCGGCAUUAAAAUAUCUAGACAUGGGAACAACGCACAUCACACUUACAACACUUAAGAACAUUCUCAUGAUGACUGUUGAACUGGAAAAACUGAUCUUACCUAGCCAUAUGGCCUGCUGCCUCUGCCAAUUUAAAAAUAGCAUUGAGACUGUCUGCAAGACAGUCACGCUGCAUUGCAACACUGCAUGUCUGACUAACAGCGUACAUUGUCGUGAGUCCAAAUUGCCUGCUGAAGAAGCAUCUGUAGGGAAUCCAGAAGGAGCGUUCAUGAAGGUGUUACAAGCCCGGAAGCAGCACACGAGCACUAAGCUGACUAUUGAGUCGGAGGCGCCCUCAGACAGCAGUGGCAUCAAGUUGUCAGGCUUUGGGAGUGAGCAGCUAGACAUCAAUGAUGAGAGUGAUGUUAUCAGUGCACUAAGUUACAUCUUGCCUUAUUUCUCAGCAGGAAAUCUAGGUGGGGAAUCAAUAUUGUUACCGUUCGCCAAACUGCUUUUUUCAAAUGUACAAGAUGGAGAAAGGCUCCUGAGUAUUUUGAAAAACAAUAGAAACAGCCCCUCACAGUCCAGCCUUCUAGGUAACAAAUUUAAAAACCAAACAUUUAAAAAGAAACUAGAAACUGUGCAACUGCAGGAAAACAGCCCGGCAAAGAUUCAAAGUGUAGGCAAAAACCUGCAGAGAGUGAACAGAGUCCUCACGGGCCCAAGAAGCAUCCAGAAAAGGCACUUCAAAGAGGUGGGAAAGCACAGCACUAGGAAAGACCAGGAUGCCCAGGCAUUUGUGGACAAUGCUGCCAAAGAAAAACGCCUUGAGAGUCCAGAACCAAGGGAGCUGGAACAGCCUCACAUAGUGCAGGGGCCUGAGAAGGUAGCGGGAAACACCGUCUACACCAAGCCUUCGUUCAACCGAGAGCAUAAGGCAGCAAUCUCCUCUGUGCUGAAACCCUUCUCCCUGGGCGUGCCUUCUGCCUCUAGCCCUGCAAAAGCCCUACCUCAGGUCAGAGACAGAUCGAAAGACUUAGCCUACACCAUUUUAAUUUUAGAAAUGGCAAUGGCUAGAGUGAAAAACAUGAAUGCUGCUAAACCAAUUGCACAUUCCAGAAAAAAAUACCGCUUUUAUAAAACUCGCUCCCGUGUGGCCCACAGAACACCCAAGGCCAAAAAGAUUAGAAAGCUUAGACAGGGCAGUUAUCUCAAUAGACUGAUGCUUGCAAAGAGGCCACCAUUCUCUGCAGCGAAGAGCCUCAUAAAUUCACAAGGGGUUUUUUCAUCCUUAGAAGACCUGAGUCCUCAAGAAAACACUCUUCUGGAAGUAUUUGCUCCUUCAGAACAUUUUAGAGAAAACACAAAUGUAAAAGACACAACUGCAAGAGAUGCCUUUGAAGAAAAUGUUUUUAUCGAAAACACUGUUAUGCCAGAAGGCACCAUCUCUGAAAACACAAACUAUAAUCACCCUCCUGAGGCAGCUUCCGCUGGGACUGCAUUCAACUUAGAGCCAACUAAGACAAAAUGGGAAUACAACAACUUGGGCACUGACCUGUCCCCUGAGCCCAAAAGCUUCAAUUACCCAUUGCUCUCAUCCCCAGGUGAUCAGUUUGAAAUUCAGCUAACCCAGGAGCUACGGCCCCUCAUCCCCAACGAGGAUGUGAGAAGGUUCAUGUCUCAUAUUAUCCGGACCUUGAAAAUGGAAUGUUCACAAAUGCAUGUGCAAGUGACCUGUGCCAAGCUCAUGUCGCGAACAGGACUCCUGAUGAAACUUCUCAGCGAGCAGCAGGAAGCAAAGCCAUCAAAGGCAGAGUGGGAUACGGACCACCAGAAAUCUAAUUAUAUUAAUGAGAACAUGGAACAGAGUGAACAGAAACAGCAGAAGUCAAGUGAGCUCAUGAAAGAGGUUCCAGGAUAUGGCUAUAACAACAAACUCAUCUUGGCAAUAUCUGUGACUGUAAUACUAACAAUUUUGAUUAUAAUUUUUUGUCUUAUUGAGGUAAGGACAAUAAUUAAUUCAGGUUUUCAGAAUGCAAUCCUGUCUUUGUGUGGAUUCAGAACCCACAAACUGAAAAUCAACGUCACUUUCCCACUUGACAUUCUUCUUCUGUUGUUUAAGGCUGAGGUAUGCUUUGUUCUUUUACUGCAAUGUAUAUUCCAGGAUUUUUAAAGGAUCCUCACUUCCAGGAGAUCUCUGUGAAAUGAAACCAAGUUAAUCCCACUAGACUAUUUUAAGAAGUUAAGUUGAUAUAAUAGCAAAAUUUCUCCCACCCAAAACUAUGUCAACAAUUGGAUGUACUCACCGAGUCACCCCUUACUCUGCCACUAAUUUAUUCCUUGUUGCUUAAAUGAUGAGAGACAUAUAAUCUCCACCCUCAUGGAGUUGUCCUCACCCUGGAGAGGAAGAAGACAGCCAAAAGAGAGAAGUAUUGUCUUGUGGACUUAUUAGAUUCACAUAGUAUCAUCCUUCUCCAGUGUGUAAGGUGUUGUCUAAAUAGGUCCAGUUAAAGCACUACAGGGUAGCCAUUAUUAAAAAAAAUUUUUGGCCCCGUUUUUAAAUUCACAGGGGAGGGGGAAUGUCUCAUACUCCAGCCCUCCUGAGCCUAGGCCCUCUGUGAGAUGUGUCACCAUUUCUUGGACACCAUAUGAGACAUUCCCCCUCGGAUUAGAGAUGCUCAACCUGCAUCAACAUAUCUAAAGCCUGCAUCUGGCUACUCUGGGGCGAGUCCUGUUUACAGUGCCCAUUCCUGGAGAUUGCCUCUUUUUGCCUUUUGUUUGAUUAUGUAUGUAUUACUUUUUCCAACAGGCCAGUGCUAGCAUAUUGGAAGAGUGAUUUAAUAAGGUGGCAACGUUGACGCUAUGCUCCUAAUCCAACCUUAUUUGCCCCAGUUACCAUUUCCAUUAUUGUGGUAGCCCUCCAUUCCAGCCAGAGCAGCCCCUCACCAUACCCCAGUCACACCAUCCCCAUUUCUGCUCUUGUCUGUGCCUUUGUCCAUCUAAAAUUCCCUUAUUUCCCUCUGCCUGUGGGAGUCCUGUGAAUCUCUCCAAAGCCAACUCAGUUCAUCUUUCUGCUUGAAACCUUCCCUGAAUAGGCCAGGUGCGGUGGCUCACGCCUGUAAUCCCAGCACUUUGGGAGGCCAAGGCGGACAGAUCAUGAGGUCAGGAGAUCGAGACCAUCCUGGCUAACACAGUGAAACCCCGUCUCUACUAAAAAUGCAAAAAAUUAGCUGGGUGUGGUGGCAGGUGUGUGUAGUCCCAGCUACUUGUGAGGCUGAGGCAGGAGAAUGGUGUGAACCUGGGAGGUGGAGCAUGCAGUGAGCCAAGAUCAGGCCACUGCACUCCAGCCUGGGGGACAGAGCGAGACUCUGCCUCAAAAAAAAAAGAAACUUCACUGAAUAUUCCAGCCCUCCUGAGCCUAGUCCCUUUGUGAAAUUUGUCCCCUUUUCUUGGACACCAUAUGAGAGACUUCAGAGGCUGAAGUGGGAGGAUUGCUUGAGCCUGGGAGGUCGAGGAUGUAGUGAGCUGUGGUCACACCACUGCACUCUAGCCUGGGCAGCAGAGCGAGACCUUCUCUCAAAAACAGCCACCACCAAAAACUAUCUUGGGAUUUGAAUAGGAUUACCUUAAAUUUGUAGAUUAAUUGGAGAAUUGACAUCUGUACGACAUUCUAGGAACAUGGUAUUUCAUGUCAUGUAUUCAUUUCUUGUUAAUGUCUUUCAGAAGAGUUUUAGGGUUUCCACCAUAUAGAUCUUACAUGACUUUUGUUAGACAACAGAUCUUUGUAUUUUUGUUCCUAAAUACUUCAGACAUUUGUAUUACCAUUGUAAAUGGGAUCUUUCUUCCAUUUUCUAGUUAGUUAUUGGUGGUACAUCUGAAAAGUAUUUGAGGUUCGUGUGCUGCUCUCUUGAUUUUGUUUCUAGCCACCAUACUGAAUUUUCGUAUUACUUCCAGUAAAAUCUUAGUUGAUUGUCUUAGACUUCUUUGGCUAACAUUUAUUAUUUUAUAUGCAAAUAAUGAUAGUUUUGUCUCUUCCUUUUCAAUACUUACACUCUUUCUUUUCUUUCCUUUCUUUUUUUUUUUCUUUCUCAGGGCCUUGUUGUCACCCAGACUGGAGAGCAAUGGUGUGAUCUAGCUCACUGUAACCUCAAACUCCUGGGCUUAAGGGAUCCUCCUGCCUCAGCUUCCAGAGUGGCUGGGACUACAGGCAGGCAGCGAAUUUUAAAACUUUUGUUGUAGAGACAAGAUCUCGCUAUGUUGCCCAGGCUGGUUUUCCUGCCGCUUUAGAGUAGGUUUCCUUUUUUUCAUACUUUUAAGAGUUUUUUUAUUAGGAAUUGUCCAUUGAAUGUUAGCUAAAACAGUCAAUAAAAUGCAUUAAAUGCCAGCUGCAUGCAAGACCCUAAGUUAGAUACAGUCAGCCCUCUUCAUCAGCAGGUCCACAUCUUCAGAUUCAACUAGAUGAGGCUGAAUAUUUGAAGAAAGAAACAAUACAAAUACAAAUAGAAAAUACCAUAUGACAACUGUUGCCAUUAUACAAUAUCUAUACAUUUUAUUAGUGAUGACCUAAAGUACAUGGGACCAGGCAUGGUGACUCACACUUGUAAUCCCAACACUUUGGGAGAACAACCUGGGCAGCAUAGUAAGACCUUGUCUUUAAUAAAAAUAAAAAUAAAAAAAUUAGCCAGGUGUAGUGGUAUGCACCUGUAGUCCCAGCUACUCAAGAGGCUGGGGUGGGCAGAUCACUGGAGCCCAGGAGGUUGAGGCUGCAGUGAGCUGUGAUUGUGACACUGCACUCCAGCCUGAGUGACAAAGGGUGAUCCUGUCUCUAAGUAAGUAAAUAAAUAAAGUAUAUGGGGUGUGUGUGUGUUGGUUAUAUGCAAAUACUGCACCAUUAUAUGUAAGGGAUUGAGCAUCCACAGAUUCUGGUAUGGUGUGGGGGCGGUAUCCUAGAACCAGUCCCCCACAAGGUAGCAAGGAUGACUGAACUGUGGAAGAAUCAAAGCACUGUUAAACAGCAUACAAUUCCCGUCUUCAAAAAAGUUAUCUCAUCAGGUAGAUGAGACUUAAAAUGAAUAAAAAGAAUGAAUACAGAUUUGGAGAUAGUGGUUGUUGUGAUAGAUAACUUUAAUUGUGUUUUCUUCCAAAACAGAUUCAUUCGCACAAAAGGGCAUCAGAGGAAGAUAAAGAAGACCCAUCAGUGUCAGGCCCCUGAGCCCAAGUUAAGGCAUCUGGAUGGCCUGGAGCCAUGUUUUUAAAAUUUUAUUAUUAAAUAUUGUUUUUUUUAACUGGUUAAAUCAAUGAAAACAUUCUUUACUUUGUGGUUGUGUUCCUCAAAAUGAGGAUUUUUAACAAUUAUAAAAAUAAAGCUUGUUAGAUCAUU